AAAAUUUCCUUAACAUGAUCACAUCCUAUCCUACAAAUUACAACUGAAGAUCAAGAUUUCCACUACAAAGUUAAUUAUACUACCAAUUUCUCACUCAAAACUUAGGGAAAAUGAUUGAGAUACUUCUGAAUUUGCAGCUGUUAGCUCCUUUCUUCCUUUUCUUCAUCUUUCCAGUGUUUUUCUUCUUCUUUUUCACGUCCUCAUGUCCUACUAAAAGAAGCAUCACUAUCCCAAAACCAUACCCACUGAUUGGUCACUACUUAGACCUCAAAGGCAUCGGCAACCGCCGUAUCCAGUGGCUAUCCGACAUCGUCAAAAUCUCACCGGCCACCACGUUCACCCUCCACCGCCCCUUAGGCCGCCGCCAAGUUAUCACCGGCAACCCCGCCACCGUUGCGCACAUUCUCAAGACCCGUUUCUCCAACUACCAAAAGGGCUACACCUUCAUUCACACCCUCUCCGAUUUCCUUGGCACAGGAAUCUUCAACGCCGACGGAAACACCUGGAAGUUUCAGAGGCAAGUCGCCAGCCACGAAUUCAACACUAAGUCUCUCCGCAAGUUCGUCGAACACGUCGUGGAUGUCGAACUCUCCGACCGUCUGGUCCCCGUCCUCGCUUCAGCAGCAGCCCAAGACAAAACCCUCGAUUUUCAGGACAUUCUCCAACGUUUCGCGUUCGACAACAUCUGCAAAAUCGCUUUUGGGUAUGACCCAGAGUACCUGACGCCAUCAGCAGAACGGAGCAAGUUCGCAGUAGCAUACGAAGAAGCGACCGAGAUCAGCAGCAAACGGUUUCGCGAGCCGUUACCGUUAGUGUGGAAAAUCAAGAGAGUACUUAACAUAGGUUCGGAAAAGAAACUAAGAAUAGCAGUGAAGGAAGUGCACGAGUUCGCGAAGAACAUAGUUAGAGAGAAGAAAAAGGAGCUGAAGGAGAAGGAAUCUCUAGAAUCUGUUGACAUGCUUUCGCGGUUUUUAAGUUCGGGACACUCCGAUGAAGAAUUCGUGAAGGACAUAGUUAUAAGUUUCAUACUGGCGGGGAAGGAUACGACGUCAGCAGCGCUGACAUGGUUUUUCUGGCUGCUAUCGAAGAACCCGCGGGUGGAGAAGGAGGUUUUGAAGGAGAUAAUGGAGAAAUCAGAGAGUCCAGUGUACGAUGAAGUGAAGGAAAUGGUUUACAUCCAUGCUUCGUUGUGUGAGAGUAUGAGGUUGUACCCGCCGGUGCCGAUGGACACAAAAGAAGCAGCGGACGACGACGUUUUGCCGGAUGGAACAGUGGUGAAGAAGGGGACGUUGGUGACGUAUCACGUGUAUGCGAUGGGGAGAAUGGAGAGUAUUUGGGGUGAGGAUUGGGCAGAGUUUAAGCCAGAGAGGUGGUUGGAGAAGCUUCAAACAGGAAAGUGGAACUUUGUGGGAAGGGAUUCCUUCACUUAUCCGGUGUUUCAGGCUGGUCCCAGGAUAUGUUUGGGGAAGGAAAUGGCCUUUAUGCAGAUGCAGAGGUUGGUGGCUGGUAUUCUCAGGAGGUUCACGGUGGUUCCAGUGCUCACUCCAGGGGCUGAGCCUCACCUCAUUUCUUUCUUAUCCUCCCUUAUGGAAGGUGGUUUUCCGGUCAAGAUCGUCGACAGGGAAGCUUCAUCUUCAAACUAAACAUAUUUUAUUCAGUACCUACACGUCAUUCUACCAACGGUUUUUCUUAAAUUUACAUAUUAGACUUGAGUGUUGUAUUACUUGUUUGUGUAUUUCUUUUAUUAAUACUAAUCAUUCAAACUUUAUAAAUUACAAUGCUAACUAAAUUUACAUCAUUUAGACCAGUGGAAACACAAUAUUUCUGUUGUACACUUUUUUUGUUCUGUAAAAUAAGAUUUACAUGUUGUUAGUAUAA